AUGAAGGCAAGUAUUAAUAAGGUGGCCACGACGGCCAAGACGAUCAUACCUAUCACGACAUUGCUCAAACCCUUACCAGAAGAGCUCUGUGAAGAUGUCGAGGUGAUAGAUGGUGCACUAGUUAGUGACGUUGGCGUAGAUGUCGCGGUCACUGACUUAGAGGCCAUUGAAGAAGAUAAUGUUGAACUACUCGAAGUUUUAAUACUCUUUAAUGACGUCGUGGAAGAGCUUGAAGCUCUUGAUGUUGUUGAAGAGGAUAUGGAAAUGGAAGAUGUGGGGUCAUUUAUGAGGACACAAAUUUGGCCAACGACCUUUAAAGUAGCUAUAAAGAAUUAA